GUACUGCAAUUGACAAAUAAAACCCUAAAACUCCUCUCUUCCAAACUUCGCACCUGACUGUCUCUGCAACUAUAUACUAAAGGAAAAGAGGAGAGAUGGUUUGGUUUCAGUGCGAGGAUUGUGGAGAAAACUUGAAGAAACCAAAGUUGCCCAAUCAUUUUAGAAUUUGCUCUGCUUCCAAGUUAUCGUGUAUUGAUUGCGGAGAGAUAUUCGGCCAGCAAAGUGUUCAGGGCCACACCCAAUGCAUUACGGAGGCGGAAAAAUAUGGUCCAAAAGGGCAAGCAAAGCCGCUCAAUGGUACGACUGCCAAGCCCAACAAGGAUUCGAAGCAACAUCCUGAUUUUGAUAUAAAUGUUGGUUUAUCUGAACGGCCUCCAUGGUUCUGUAGUCUGUGCAAUACCAAGACUACCAGCAAGCAGACUUUGCUUCUCCAUGCAGAUGGAAAGAAGCACAGAGCAAAAGCCCGAGCUUUCCAUGCUAAGCAACAGCCUGAAGAGACUGAAGAAUCUGUUCCAGAUAUGAAGGUUCCAACUGAAAAUGCUUCUAAAGCUGAGUUGCUUGACAAUAAACAUUUAGGAAAUAAAGUGGAUGGCCUAUCUAAAUCCGUGCCUUCACAUGGAAGCUCAGAUGUGGGCAAUGGAGAUUUGACAUCAAACAAGAAAAGGAAACUUGAUGCACCCAGGGAUGAUGGUACUCAAAAAAAGAGCGGCAAUAGUACUUCUAAUAAAGUGGGUGAUGGAGAAGUUAUUCAAGUUGAAAAAGUUAAGACAGAGGAAGAGAGUCGAAUAAAGAAAGCCAAAUAUGUAUCCAAGAAAGAAGACGAGGUAGUACAAGCUAGCAAAGAUAUUAAGAAGAAAGAUAUCAAAUGGAAGAAGUUGAUCAUGUCAGCCUUGAAAUCGAAUCCAGAUGGAGUUCUGAAGAUGAGAAAGCUGAGAAAGCUUGUUCUAAAAUCCCUUCAGGAAUCUGGAGUGGCAGAUGAUGAAGCCCAGCUCUCUGACAAGUUGGAGCACAAGAUAAAUUCAAGCGCCAGAUUCACAAUUGAUGGCAAGUAUGUACGACUUGUUGCUUCAGAUUGAUGGUUGUCUUUUGUAUUGUUUCAAUCCAUAUAUUGGCAAGAUUUUGUGAUAACCCAAUUUAUUACCAAGUUAUAGCCCAGUUUUGCUUCGUGGACUAAGCUACAAGAGAUUCAGCCAACCCAAGUAAUUACAUUUUCUUUAUUAUCAUUAUUUUUCAUUUUUCAUUCAUAUGUGUGGGAAAGGUAUCCAAAAGAGACUAUGUGAUCACUUGUCUUCUUGAGGACUACAUACAUUCGUUGUGAUUAUAUUAUAUGAGAUAAUCAAUUUGAUUGCACGGAAGGGAAAAGAAGUUAUGUUCCUCUAA